ACGGCGUGCGUUUAGCACGCGCUUCCCAGCUAGACUUCUCGUUAGUACGGUAAAAGAGGCUCGACUCUCUGCGUGUUCGAACGAGACUUAUCGUCGCCGUUCUCAUCGUCGUCAUCGUUGUUAUCGUCGUUAUCAUCGUCGUCGUCGUCGUUGUCGUCGUCGUCGUCGUUGUGUCAUCGUCGUCGUCGUCGUACGACGUCGUGCGUCCUCGCAAAAAAAUAAUUUUACGGAAAUAAGAAAGCUACGUUUCCGAUCCGAUCUAACCGUCCUACCUUGUCCUACGUAUUUACGCGACGGUUACGGGAAUGGAUAAAAAGAGAUAGACGAGGAUAAAGGAAUUUUCGGUCUCUCUCUUUCUUUCUCCUUUCUCCGUUUUCUUCUUCUUCUUUUUCUUCUUUUUCGUCUUCGUUUUUCGGUCUCUUUCUGCCUUUCUCUUUUCUCUUUCUCUUUUUCUCUCUCUUUCUUUCUCUCUCUCUCUCUCUUUCUCCUUCUCUCUCUCUUUCUUUCUCUUUUUUAUACACUUCUUUCCUCGCGAACGAACCAACGGUCGAACGAACGGACGAAAAUAAGAAAAAAAGAAAGAAAGCGGGCAAUCUCCGACAACGUGUAAAACGUGAAUAAUAAUUGAAAUUAAAAUUGCCUUUAGUACGGUCCGAACAAAUCGAUCUUAACUUAGCGAUUACGAAGCGAAACGGCGAAUGGAUAACUCUUUCUUUAUCGUCGUUUAUCGUCGUAGAGGAGAAAAGUGUGGCGACCGUUUCGUCGUAGCCGUUCGAUAUCGAGAGGGAAACGGAGGAAAUUAUUCCGGGUGGUAGGAAGGAGAGAAAUAUUGAAAAAGGAUAGAUAAAUAAAAGGAAGAGAAAGACAAACAAAAAGAAAGAGGGAGAAAGAGAGAGAGAAAGUUAUAUAUAUAUAUUUCCAUAUAUAUAUAUAUUUAUACGUAUAAAUCGUCGAAUAUAAUCGAGACAAUAUUUUCAUCGUUUCUUCCUUCUUCUCUCUUCCCACAUUUUUUGUAUAUCAACAUUACUCCAACACCAUUACCACAUCACUGUUAUAACCACCACUACCACCACCACCACCACCACCACCAACAACAACAACAAUAACAACACACCACCACCGCUAUUACUACCACCACCACUUCCGCAAUAGAUUAUUAUCACUAAACUAGUUAUUACUAUUUACCUACUCGUAAGACUCGUAACAACGUAAAACGAACGGGGGUUGUAGUGACAGGCAAGAAUGGAACGCUUCAGAGUUACGCCAGCAAAUAAUACGGCGCAGUAUACUCAACCGUUGCAACGAUCUUCUAUUCACGAACAUGAUCAAGCUCCGAAUGGCACCCAAGUGGAACGCCUUGUCGCCAUAUCGACCAAUGCCUGCGAUGGAGGUGGCGUCGGAGGGGACGGCGACCCCAUCGUGGGCGGCGUCAAUUCUGAGAAAAAGUCGGGCUAUGAAACGAAUCUCUACCUGUAUAGCGAGGAGAUGGAAGAUCGACCUCGGAUAUCAACGUUGCUCAGCAGUUUGGCAAAUUACAGCAAUACGAUUCCAGCUGCGACCGAUAUUGACAGCAAACCAGCACCAGCUGCAGGUGGUGGGGCUCGUAUGGGCACCCUCAUAGGCGUUUUCCUUCCCUGUAUACAAAAUAUAUUCGGUGUCAUUCUUUUUAUUCGUUUAACGUGGGUCGUCGGUACAGCCGGUGCAAUCCAAUGCUUCUUCAUCGUUUUAUGCUGUUGUUGCGUCACGAUGCUAACGGCGAUUAGUAUGAGCGCAAUUGCAACGAACGGUGUGGUACCGGCCGGUGGAUCAUACUUCAUGAUAUCAAGAAGUUUAGGUCCAGAGUUUGGUGGUGCCGUUGGCAUGUUAUUUUACACUGGUACCACAUUAGCAGCAGCUAUGUAUAUCAUCGGAGCUGUCGAAAUUGUUUUGACGUACAUGGCUCCGAGUAUGAGCAUAUUUGGAGACUUCACACAGGAUCCAAAUAUAAUGUACAAUAAUUUUCGAGUUUAUGGUACAUGUUUGCUCUUGGUGAUGGGUACGAUAGUGUUCGUCGGUGUAAAAUUCGUAAACAAAUUUGCCACGGUUGCCUUGGCAUGUGUUAUCCUCUCUAUCAUUGCUGUCUACGUUGGAUUGUUCGUGAAUUUCAACGGAAACGAUUCCUUAAAAAUGUGUAUACUUGGGAAGAGAUUAUUGAAAGAUCUCGAUGUAUUGACCCAAUGCAACAAGAAUCCAGGUGGCCAUCUUUACAACGUAUAUUGCCAUAACGUUACCAAUACUACUACUACCAAAUGCGAUCCAUAUUAUUUGGAAAGUAAUGUUACCAUCAUAAAUGGUAUUCGCGGAUUGGCCAGUGGUGUAUUCCUAGAAAACAUAUGGGACAGUUUCCAAGAGGAUGGUCAGCUGAUCGCUUUUGGUAAUAAUCCUAAGGACAUAGACAACAUGGCUGGGAAAAGUUACAAUCAAAUAACGGUUGAUCUCACGACGUCAUUUACCAUUCUCAUCGGUAUAUUCUUCCCAUCGGUGACGGGUAUUAUGGCUGGAUCUAAUAGAUCUGGUGAUCUCGCAGACGCACAAAAGUCGAUCCCAAUUGGUACAAUUUGUGCAAUUUUGACGACUUCGACGGUCUACUUGUCAAACGUCCUACUGUUCGCUGGUACAGUGGACAAUCUAUUGUUGAGGGAUAAAUUUGGUCAGAGUAUAGGUGGUAAACUGGUAGUGGCUAACAUCGCUUGGCCGAAUCAGUGGGUGAUACUGAUUGGUUCAUUCCUCUCAACUUUGGGUGCUGGACUUCAAUCAUUAACAGGAGCACCAAGAUUAUUACAAGCAAUUGCCAAGGAUAGUAUCAUACCAUUCCUAACGCCAUUCGCUGUUAGCUCGAGCCGUGGCGAGCCUACACGCGCUCUCGUAUUAACCGUGAUAAUAUGUCAAUGUGGUAUAUUAUUGGGUAACGUCGAUUACCUGGCACCUCUGCUUUCCAUGUUCUUCUUGAUGUGUUACGGUUUCGUUAACUUGGCCUGCGCUUUGCAAACCCUUCUCAGGACACCAAAUUGGCGACCACGUUUUAAAUAUUACCAUUGGAGUUUAUCCUUCCUCGGCUUGGCCCUCUGCAUAGCUAUUAUGUUCAUGACCAGUUGGUACUAUGCCUUACUGGCGAUGGGUAUGGCAGGUUGCAUCUACAAAUACAUCGAAUAUCGUGGCGCCGAAAAGGAAUGGGGCGAUGGUAUACGUGGUCUAGCUUUAUCAGCGGCAAGAUACUCCCUUUUGAGACUCGAGGAAGGACCACCACAUACAAAGAAUUGGCGACCUCAGAUCUUGAUCUUGGCUAAGCUGACCGAUGAUCUCGUGCCAAAGUAUAGGAAACUCUUUGCUUUUGCCAGUCAGCUAAAGGCUGGUAAAGGUUUGACAAUCUGCGUCAGUUGCAUAGCCGGUGAUUAUAUUCAAAAUUCUGGUGAAGCUUUGGCCGCCAAACAAAGCUUGCGUAACACCGCCAACGAGGAAAAGGUCAAAGGAUUCGUUGACGUUCUCGUAGCGGGCAACAUAGUUGAUGGACUUAGUUCUCUUGUACAGACCACCGGAUUGGGUGGGAUGAAACCUAACACCGUCAUUCUUGGUUGGCCAUACGGUUGGAAGAAAUCGGAGGAUAAGAGAAGUUGGAGAGUCUUUUUGCAAACUGUCAGAAGUGUUGCCGCAGCACGGAUGGCCUUGCUCGUACCAAAAGGUAUAAACUUCUUCCCAGAUUCAACGGAAAAGGUUGUUGGCAAUAUCGAUGUUUGGUGGAUCGUACAUGACGGUGGUCUUCUUAUGUUACUACCCUUCCUCUUGAAACAACAUCGUACCUGGAAAAAUUGCAAAAUGAGGAUCUUCACUGUUGCACAGAUGGAAGAUAAUUCUAUACAGAUGAAGAAAGAUUUGAAAAAGUUCCUUUACGAUCUCAGAAUUGAAGCGGAAGUCGAAAUCGUGGAAAUGAUGAACUCCGACAUCUCCGAGUAUACUUACGAGAGAACUUUGCUGAUGGAACAAAGAAAUCAAGUAUGGCGAGAGUUGCAGUUAAAUACGAAGGAAUCACGAGGAGUGGAUAAGGUGCAGACGUUGGUGGACUUCAACGAGGUACCCGCCGAGGAAAAAUUACCUCUGGUCCAGGCAAUUGUGGAUCAUCAUCACAACGUUGACGUCAAGGUACCAUCCAAAGUAAGAUUUCAAGAACCUGGUAGCCAGAAUACCAACGAAGCUGACGAAGCACAAGAGAAACUUGUUCAGGAUUCAGAACAAAAGGAUUCAGAGGGAACUGUUAACAACGAGAAAUCGGAUGAGGAAUCUAAAGAAAAUCCAGACGAGGAAACUAAAUUGAUCAGUGGCUCUCCGAAAACAGAGAACAAGGAAAAUGCUCAGAAAGAAGCUAAGGAAAAUGAACAAGAGAACAAAGCUGAAAGUCCAAGUUCGAAAAAGCCACCUACGCUCAAGCCUGACGAAAGUGACGUGAGACGUAUGCAUACGUCUGUGAAAUUGAACGAAGUAAUUGUGAACAAGAGCCAUGACGCUCAGUUGGUUAUCCUUAAUCUACCUGGUCCACCACGAGACACGAAGAUGGAACGCGAGUCAAGCUAUAUGGAAUUCCUAGAAGUUUUGACGGAACGAUUGGAGAGGGUACUAAUGGUGCGGGGUAGCGGACGAGAGGUCAUCACAAUCUACUCGUGAAUCUAUCGCGCAACCUUCAUGACGAAAGAAACAUCUAGUUUAUUUCUUAAAGACCUAAACAAGUUCACUUUAAGGAACAUAUUAUUCUUGUGCCAUUAUAAAAGCUCGGAUAUUAAUAUCUGCGCGCCUCGUGCUGUGAAUCGCAACGAGUGUGAAACCGCGACGACAGCUAUCGAAGAUCGAUCUUUUUAUGGAACCCUUCAAUUAAUAUAAUGGUUCCCUUCGAGCGAUCGAUAUGCAUUAAUUCCGCCGAUAUUAGGCGUAGAUUAAUCCGAAAAGAGAUUAUAUCGUUAACGACGACGCGAUCGUAUACGAUCGUCGAGAUAUGAUAUUUAAUUGAAACUGAUUUUGAUCGAUAAAAAUGAAGAAAAAUUUAGGGCUAGGGAAGGGGGGAGGGGGAAGAGAGAAAAAAAAAUUAAAAACAAAAAAUAUAUAUAUAAAACAUGAAACAUUGACUAAUCGAAAGCCGAAAAGAACAAAUAAAUAAGUAAAAAAAAAAGAAAAAAAAACCAAACCAAAUACGAGAAUAAUAUAAAUCAUAAAACAGCUUCCUCGCGAAAGAAAGAAAGAAAGAAAGAAAGAAAGAAAGAAAGAAAGAAGGAAAGAAAGGAAGAAAAUAAAAAAAAGAGAAAAGAAAAAAAACAGAAAAAGAAAAACUGAAAACAAAAAAUAUUUCUUUUACACUUAUUAAAUUCUUAAAAACACUUUCGAUCUCUAAUCGUGUUCUUUCAUUUUGGGAAGUGAACGAAGGGAAUGAAAAGAAUGGAAAAAGAAAAAAAAAAGAAAAAGAACAAAAAAAAAUGUAAUAAUAAAAACACAUACAAGUAGAGUUAACGUAAUGACUUUUCGAGAGAUUCCAUAUACGUCAUCACACAUUGUUUUUACUAUCCUUCGACAUAUUAUAAGAGUUUCGACAUUCGAUGAUGGAUACGCGCGAAGAUCUCAAAAAACAAACACACUUAUCUAUAAAUGGUCGAUAAAGAAAAAAUAAAUAAAUAAAGAAACAACAAUACGAACGUUGAGGCAGUUUUCGUCUUUGAAACAAAAAAGUGAAAAAUAAUAAAUGAAAAUGAAAAUUGAAAUGAUAAUGAAGGAGAAAGGCAAAAACAAUCCCGUAAAAAAAAGAAGGAAAGAAUGAAAGAAAGAAAGGAAAACAAUGAUUAAGAAGAACAUUGACGAAGAAUUAUAAUAUGAUGAAUUAAAGAAAAUGAUGAGAAAUAAAUAGCACAUGUCCCGAUCGAACUCAUUCUAAAUAUUCUUCACUAUGAAACCGAAAUCAAAAUUUGGUCCGAGGCUAAGGUCGAAGCAUCUACGAAACCACUGCCAGAAUACUUUCUAAAUGCUUCGCGUUUAACCAAAGACGCGAGAGACUCAUUUUUCUACAUGCAUUGUCGUUUUAGAAAAAAAAAAAGAUUAAAUAAAAAAUAAAACAUACAUUAUAUAAAUACACUUACUUACAGCAACAUACACAAACACAUAUACAUGCGUGCAUGGUACGUACAUAAUAUAUAAAUAAAUACAUACAUAUAUACAUACAUGCAUACGUAUAUAUAUAUACAUAUACACAUAAACACACACACAUGUAUGUACACACGAAAGGACUCUAUUGCUUAAUAGGUGAAUUUAGAGUAGCCUAGGGUAACCAGUGCUAGAAUACGCAAAACUUACAAUUAGAUAUAUCGUAUUUGAUAAUAGAGAUAUGGAAAAAAAAAAAGAGAUAUUGAGCGUAAUUAAUGCAUUUUUCUUGUCGACUGAAGUUCGUUCCGGAUUACAUACUCUCGAUUUCUCAUAUGCGCAAACACAAAAAAAAAAUAAAAGAAAUAAAUAAACAAACUAACUUGUAUCCUUUAAUCGCGUUUGUACUGUCCAUGGCCUAUCGGUCGAAAUUCGCACGAGUAUUACACACCACGUAUAUAUAUAUACACAUAUACACUUACACGCAUACACACACACACACACACGUUUUAUCUUCGCGAACGAAUAACACCAAGUGUUAAAAUGAAAGAAAGAAAAUAAAAAAAAAAAAUGUAUGUAUAGUUACGAUUCCAGAGAUGUCGCAUAAAAUGAUAGUGUAUGAAACGGGAAAAAUAAUGGAAGAGCAGAAAAGAAAGUUAAAUAUAUAAUCGAACGAAGAAAGGAUAAAGAAAAAUGGAUAAAAGAGAUUAAAGAAAAAAUAAACCAAAGAAAGAAAGAAAAAGAUUCCGAUGCCAAAAAGGAAAAAGAAAAAAAAAUGCGUCGUUUCGGGGAUCGAUCUUUACUAAGACUUUCAUCUCGAAAGUUAUUAUAAUAGCAUUGUAAUUAAUCGCAUUAUAUGUCGUAUGCAUGUUACGUUUCAUGGAUGGCCUGACAAUGAAAUAUUAGGCCACGAUAUCCAUCACCUUUUUAGAUAGGCACUAUCUAAUAAUAGAGUUUAUCUAUGAAACGGAGUAACACGAAAGGAGAUCGGACGGUCGAAGAAAAAGAAAAGAAAAGAAAAUAAAAGAGAAGAAAAGAAAAGAGAGAAAAAAAAAGAAAAAGGAAAUCUUUUUAAAGGGAAAAUCUCGUAGAACCAAAAAGUUUGAUGUAAUAUUCACCGAUAAUAUUUAAUGUGUACCUAAUCUAUGUCCAUUAAAGAAGAAAUAUAUAUGUAUGUAUUAACAUAUUAUAUAUAUAUAUACAUGCAUAAACAUAUAUAUAUAUGUGUAUAUAUAUAUAUUUAUAUAUAUUUAUAUAUUAUAUAUAGAUAUAUAUGUAUAUAUAUAUAUAGUAUACAUAAAAUAUAUAUCGUAUACACAUAUAAGAUUCUUAUACAUAUACAUACAAUUGUGAACGACUGCGUAUUAAUGUAGAAGAAUAUGAAAUUGUGAAAAAGUUAUUUGCAGUCUACGUGAAAAAAUUCUUCGAGAUUGGAUGAUAUAGAGCGCGUUCUUAUGCCAAGAAUAUAGAUGUAUGUCUCCUUGAUAUAACUUAUAUGUUGGAUUCACAAAGUUCAUCGUAAAAGUGCACAUAUUGUCUUGUAGUGUAUAGAGGAUAUUUAAGACGAGAAAACGUGGAAACAAGAAAAAAAAGAAAAAAGAAAAAUACAUUGCUAAAGACGCGCGAAAAUGUUUAAAGACUAUAAAAGAUGGAGACGAUAGGUUACAAGAUGAUUAACGAUAUUACGAUAAUCAAAUGAGGAAGCUCAUAUUGUAAUAUGUUCUUUAUUUUGUUUAUUUUUUUCUUCUUCUUCCUUCCAUUCAUUUCACCAUUCAAAAUCCGAUAUACAGCUCGAUUCAAAAAAUAUUUUUAUAUUUCUUUUAUAUUUUUAUUCCGUUUGUUUUGCUUCUUGGACGCGUAACAAUUUAUGGUUACAUAGUAUUUUCUUGUUCGUAUAUUUUAUAUAUUGCUGUUUUUUUCUCUUUUUUUUUUUACUUUUUUUUUUUUUUUUAUCGUUUCGUCGAUCUUUAUUCCAAUCAAUUAGAUUAUCAAACGCAUAACACACUCGUUAAGACAGAUUGAUAUUUGACUCGCACUGAUAUAUCGAUAAUUAAAUUGUUAUCGGUGCGUAAUAAAAAGAGAUAAAGUCGAAUAAGAAUAUAACAUUUAAUGUUGGAUCAAAGAAGUUUCAUUUAAUCGCUAAAAGUUAUACAUCUGUAUUCUCUCGUGCGUCUCGAUUUUUCGAUAGAAGAAUAUUAUACGAGAUAAACAGUCAAUAAGUCCUUAUAUUAAAAACAUAAUACUUAGCUAUUAAGAUACAUAUGUAAUGUGUCGUCGAGAAAGAAAAUUUCUUUUAAUUAUACUUCCUCUAUCACUAUCUCUAUUUCUCUAUCUUUCUAUCACACUAUCUAUCUAUCUUUCUCUCUUUCUCUCUUUCUCUCUUUCUCUCUUUCUCUCUUUCUCUCGAAUCACGCGUUUAUUCUCGUGCACAAAUUGCAAAGGGUGUAAGAUAUCGUAUCUGUACAAAAAAAAAAAGAAAGAAAGAAAGAACUUAUCAUCGUUUAACGAUUUAUGUAUAUUCGGAGAUACGAAAAUUUUUGAGAUCGAAUGUACUUAAAAAAAAUUGAAAGUAAAGAGUUAAGAAUAAAAAAAGAAAAAAGAGAGAGAAAGCAACAAAUACAAAAAAAAAAAAGAAGCGAAGAAAAAAAAGUUAAAAAUGAUGGUGUAUAACAAUGAAAAAGGACGAAGAAACCAAUCGAAAAUCUUUAAACUUUGCUGAUACAUCGAUUGCUGCUAAUGAAAUUUGCAAGGGGAAAGAACAAAGAAAAAUGGAGAAAGGGAAAAAACGCAAUGGAAAUACGAAAAAAAAAUCUGCUCUCUCAAAGGUUUGUCCAUUUGUGAUUUUUCUGAUGUAUGCACAUACAUAUGUAUGUAAAUUCGAUACACAUGCAUCGCAGAGAGAAACAGAGUUCAGAGUUCUAUAUAUUAUAUUGUGUCCGUAUAUUUCUAAGCUGACAUUAUCUUCUUAUCGUUCAUCAUCUACCUCUUAAUAAACGUGUUUGGAAAAAAUCGUAUUUAAAAAAAAAAAAUGAAAAAAUGAAAAAGAAAAAAAGAAAAAAGAAAUCGAGUAGAAAUAAUUAACGGAAGAUGGACGCUCCGCGUAUUACUCGAAUGACGAAUAUAUUUAAAAAAAACUUUUAGCGAACACACGACCUUUGACUUUAUCUUUUUUUAGUUUUUCUUUUUUAAUUUUUUUCUCCUCUCUUUUUUUUUAUCCUUUUUUUGGAAUUUUUUUUUCCUUUACCAUCUCACUACAACUUUUUCAAGAGCUAACGCGGAAAGUAUUCUCGAUCCAAUGCCAGCUCGAUUUAAAUUAAUCUCAGAAUAGACUUUUAUUAUAAAGGAAGGCCAAUAAAGUAAAAAAAAAAUAAAUAAAUGAAUAAAUAAAUAAAAUAAGAAAAUAAGAAAGCAAUACGAAGGAACAAUUUUCAAAUAUGCUGCAUCGUAACACAAAGAUCAUUUAACGUAGAGCUGGUAUAUAAAAAAAACACAUUGCGUAUAUACAUAUAAAAACAAAUAUUAUAUUAUUAUUAUUAUUAUUAUUAUUAUUAUUACUAUUAUUAUUAUUAUUAUUACUAUUACUAUUAUUAUUAUUAUUAUUAUUAUUAUUAUUAUUAUUAUUAUUAUUAUUAUGUAUUAUCAUCGUCUCCUAUAUCUCUACGAUAUCGCAAUAUGUACUUUAUAAUUUUAAUAUGUUAUUUAUAUACUUAACCCGUCGCAUAUAUAUAUUUUAUGUGUACUUAUCUACUUGAUAGGCAUUGGCACUGCAUAGUUUAUACAAGACAUGUUGAAUGUGAAAAAAAGUUUAUUGUGAAAACUGUUUUUCGUAUAAGUUGCUCUAACACAUUGUACAUAAAUAGAUAGAUAAAAAGAGAGGCAUUAUAUCUUAAAAAUCUUUUUCAUAUAGGUGAGAAAACAGUAUCGCAGCUUUACGUUGCUGCCAUUUUAAUAUUUUAUUAUGUCGUAUUAUACUUUAAAUGCACAAUUAUCAUUAUAUUGUAUGAACACAUACACGUACAUCCUACUGACACGCGCACACUUUACUGACACAUAACACAUAUAAACAUAUUAACACGAAAUAUGUAUAUACAGAUACGACGAACAAAUGUAAAGAUCUGCAGGCUUGGCAUUUGACAUAAGCGAUGGGGAGUGGGGGGGAAGAAAGAAGCAUAGUAUGGGGAUUAUUGCAGAGCAUCUUGUUUCAAACAAUAUGCAGUCGGUAUUUAAAUCACCUCUAGGCUGUGAGAUGCGAGCUAAGCAGCGGAAAAAACUUGCUCGAAAACCUCAAUCAUAUGUGUCAAAUCAAGUAAAUCUACUUUUAACCGAUCAAUAUAAUCAAUUUUAGAUCCCUACCACACACAACUCCUUUGAAAAAAUGAAAAAAGAAAAAAAAACAAAAAAGAAAAAACGCCAAAAAAAAAAGAAGGACAAAAGAGAACAAAAACAAUUUUUUCUCUCGAAGAAACUUUUCUGAACUUUUCUCAUGACUUUCGAAAGAAAUUAAAUAAAGAGAAUGAUUUGUCAAGUCCCAUAAGGAAAUGAAACGUUUAUAUAGCAUACUUAAAAAAAAAAGAAGGGAAGGAAAACAAAGAAAAAGAGAAAAGAGUAUUAUAAAAUGUGUGCAUAUGUAUAAAUAUAUAUAUAUAUAUAUAUACAUAUGUAGAUAUAUAUAUAUCUACAUAUACAUAAAUAAAUAUAUAUAUAUAUAUAUAUAUAUACGUAUAUAUACAUGCGUGUGCGUGUGCGUAUAUGUCCGUUUGUGCGUGCGCGACUGCGUGUUUGUGUGUGUGUGCGUGCAUAUAAAUAUAAAAGUAUAAUAUAUUUGUAGAUAAACAAACUCUUUUAGUCAUCGGAAUAGUAUAUAGAGUCAAUACUGCGAAAAAAUAACUUACCUACUUAUACCCAUAGACUAUAGGUAUCGACUACUUGUGAUUAAUUUAUGGAAGAAGAAGUAUGUGAUUGAAAAGCGUAUACUGCGAUAAAAUCCAUUAAAUAAAUAAAUAAAUAAUAUAUCAGAGA